UGACCGGCUCCCAAAAUCUAGUGACAAAUGUCCCUAUUUCGGGCAGUCCUAAAGCUUUUUCACCACCCUGUAAAACCAAUUCUAUUUUCACUCCAUAGUGAUUGUAUCACACGCAGAGAUCAUCCUAGGGGUUAUGGAACGAUAAACGGCGCGUCAGGGACAAGCGCGCUGCUCGAGUUUGUCUCUACUUGGAUCCAACAGCCCAUAGCUUUUGUUGUUUUUUUAACUUUUAACCCAUUGGAAAGCCCAAACCUCUAUAUCUUUAUCCAACGGCCGGUCCACCGUCAAAUUACCAGAAUAGGCCUAAUUCCCGUAUUCAAUUACCAGACUUUGCCAUCGUCUUCCCUAACUAUAUAAACCCUCUUCCACUCUUGCUUUACGUUUGCCGAAAUAGAGAGCCAAAAGGCACUCUUUAGAGAGAAAAAAAAAAAAAAACAAAAAAAAAAGGUUUCAUAAAAAACAACAGAAAAUAUUUUGCUUUCAUAUUUUAAUCCAUUUCAUCGUAACUCCUGAGAACAAUGGUGACGUCAUCGUCGUCUUCCUCGAGAAGCAAGUCCGGCGGCGCCGGUUUUUCGAAGCCGUUCCAGCGUUCCCUGUCGCCGAUGGGACGUUUCUGUUCGUCUUCCUCCACCUUCGCCGCGCGGGGCGGAAACGGGCUGAUGACCCGGUCCGCGUCUCCGACCCGGGUGAAUCUGUACAGAUCCGUCUCGCCGACGUCAUCCGUUCGGUUGUCGACGUCACCCCGCCGCUCAAUCGUGGCGUCUCCCCGGCGAUCCCCGCAGAGUAACAGGGCGGUGGCGCCCAGUCAGAAGAAAACCUGUAUGUGCUCUCCGACGACCCACCCGGGAUCAUUUCGGUGCAGCUUGCAUAAGAGUGUGACCCGGAAUUAUCACCAGGCAAGUCCUUAUGGGAGGUCCAGUCAUCAAUUGAACAUGCGGAGAUCGGCAAUGACGAAUUCACUGGUAAGAAUCGGAACCGUUGAAGGCGAUUUGGUGAAGAGAGCUUUGGCCGCUUUAAUCAGGCCGUCUUCCCAUAAUCUCCGGCGCCGUGGUGAUUUUCAACCGCGGCCCAGUCGGUUAAGCACCAUGUCCAAAGCCGAUGAUUUAUAACGGUUUUUUCUUUUUCCUAUUUCUCGCCCAUGUACAUAAGAGUUUUGGCGGUUUGGUCUGUUUCAUUUUCCUUUUUUUUGGGGGUGUUUCGACUCGGAGUGCCUGAUUUCUUUUGUAAUGGCCCCACAAAUGAGUCGAAGAAGAAGAUUUAGAAAUUAAAAAAAGUUAUAGCCGUGGGAGACCGAGUCGAAGAAUUUUUUUGACAGACUUGAGUUGUGUACUGUAGUUUACUUACUACUAGUAGAUACAGAAAAUGAACAUUUCAUGAAAUUUUAUUUUUUUUUCUAAUACAGAUUUCUUGAUUUUAUUUAGAUUUGCGUGUGUACGAUAUUUUUUAAGUGGCGUAUCUUCCAUAAACUAAGGAUUAAGGGAAUGUUUAAUCUUGAUUUGACUUUGGCUUUACGACAAAUCUGGCUACUGCUCAGUGACAGCCAAAAAUUAGC